AUGGGGCGGAAGAUCUUUCCUUUCCGGCGGUGUCAGCGGAUGACACAGAACCUCCGUGCAGUGGUUGACGGGAUGCAGGAACUUGGAUACAGCACAACCCGCAGACGCCCAGGUCGGGCCCUGGAGAAGGUGCGCAGCCUUACUCGGCUGGCGGAAGAGGCGGGGGCAAGUGCUUGUCCCAAGCCCGCCCGGCGCCGGUGCUGCGCAUGCGUGCGCGCGUGCCCUCUUCGGUUAGGGAACGAGUCCCGAGAAAGGGAGGGGCCAGCCCUCCGCGCCGGAAGGGGGUUGGCUGGGCGGGGCCGGGAGGCGGUGGUAGCGGCUGCGCGCGCGCGCGCGGGUGCGAACGGGGAUCACCGCGAGGGCCGGGGCGGGCCGGGCGGUGGGGACGACGGACGGCGACGAUGGCCGCGGCCGGCGGUGGCCGCGGGCCUGGCCGUUUAUCGGCGGAAGGACGGUGGCCCGGCCAGCAAGUUUUGGGAGAGCCCGGAGACGGUGUCCCAGCUGGACUCGGUGCGGGUCUGGCUGGGGAAGCACUACAAGAAGUACGUUCAUGCGGAUGCUCCUACCAACAAAACGCUGGCUGGGCUGGUGGUCCAGCUUCUUCAGUUCCAGGAAGAUGCCUUUGGGAAGCACGUCACCAACCCGGCCUUCACCAAACUCCCGGCAAAAUGUUUCAUGGAUUUCAAAGCUGGAGGGACCUUGUGUCACAUUCUUGGGGCUGCUUACAAGUAUAAAAAUGAACAGGGAUGGCGUAGGUUUGAUUUACAGAAUCCAUCCCGAAUGGAUCGGAAUGUUGAAAUGUUUAUGAACAUUGAAAAAACAUUGGUGCAGAGCAAUUGUCUGACCAGACCCAACAUCUACCUCAUUCCAGACAUUGAUCUGAAGUUGGCUAACAAAUUGAAAGAUAUUAUCAAACGACAUCAGGGGACUUUCACUGAUGAGAAGUCAAAAGCUUCCCACCACAUUUAUCCAUAUCCUUCCUCACAAGAGGAUGAAGAAUGGUUGAGACCGGUGAUGAGAAAAGAUAAGCAGGUGUUAGUGCAUUGGGGGUUUUACCCAGACAGCUAUGACACUUGGGUCCAUAGUAAUGAUGUUGAUGCGGAAAUUGAAGAUCCACCAAUUCCAGAAAAGCCAUGGAAGGUUCAUGCAAAAUGGAUUUUGGACACUGAUGUUUUCAAUGAAUGGAUGAAUGAGGAGGAUUAUGAGGUGGACGAGAACAGGAAGCCUGUGAGCUUUCGUCAGCGGAUUUCAACAAAGAAUGAAGAGCCAGUCAGAAGUCCAGAGAGAAGAGAUAGGAAAGCAUCAGCUAAUGCUCGAAAGAGGAAACAUUCGCCUUCCCCUCCGCCUCCUACACCCACAGAAUCACGGAAGAAGAGUGGAAAGAAAGGCCAAGCUAGUCUUUAUGGGAAACGCAGAAGUCAGAAAGAGGAAGAUGAGCAAGAAGAUCUUACCAAGGACAUGGAAGACCCAACACCGGUACCCAACAUAGAGGAAGUGGUGCUUCCAAAAAAUGUGAACCCAAAGAAAGACAGUGAAAACACACCCGUUAAAGGAGGAACUGUCGCAGAUCUAGAUGAACAGGAUGAAGAAACAGUCACAACAGGAGGAAAGGAAGAUGAAGAUCCUAGCAAAGGUGAUCAGAGUCGCUCACUUGACCCUGGAGAAGAUAAUGUGACAGAGCAGACCAAUCACAUUAUUAUUCCUAGUUAUGCAUCAUGGUUUGAUUAUAACUGUAUUCACGUGAUUGAACGGCGCGCUCUUCCUGAGUUCUUCAAUGGAAAAAACAAAUCCAAGACUCCAGAAAUAUACUUGGCAUAUCGAAAUUUUAUGAUUGACACAUAUCGCCUAAACCCCCAAGAGUAUUUAACCAGCACUGCUUGUCGGAGGAACUUGACCGGAGACGUGUGUGCUGUGAUGAGGGUUCAUGCCUUUUUGGAGCAGUGGGGACUUGUUAAUUACCAAGUGGAUCCAGAAAGUCGACCCAUGGCAAUGGGACCUCCUCCUACUCCUCAUUUUAAUGUAUUAGCUGAUACCCCCUCUGGGCUUGUGCCUCUACAUCUUCGAUCACCUCAGGUCCCUGCUGCUCAGCAGAUGUUAAAUUUUCCUGAGAAGAACAAGGAAAAACCAAUUGACUUGCAGAACUUUGGUCUUCGAACUGACAUUUACUCCAAGAAAACCUUAGCAAAGAGUAAAGGUGCUAGUGCUGGAAGAGAAUGGACUGAACAGGAGACCCUUCUGCUCCUGGAGGCCCUGGAGAUGUACAAGGAUGAUUGGAACAAAGUAUCUGAGCAUGUUGGCAGUCGUACCCAGGAUGAAUGCAUCCUCCACUUUCUGAGGCUUCCUAUUGAGGAUCCAUACCUUGAGAAUUCGGAUGCUUCCCUGGGCCCCUUGGCCUACCAGCCUGUCCCUUUCAGUCAGUCAGGAAACCCAGUCAUGAGCACUGUUGCUUUUUUGGCAUCUGUGGUGGAUCCUCGUGUGGCAUCUGCCGCGGCAAAAGCAGCUUUGGAGGAGUUUUCUCGGGUCCGAGAGGAGGUACCACUGGAAUUGGUCGAAGCUCACGUCAAGAAAGUACAAGAAGCAGCACGAGCCUCUGGGAAAGUAGAUCCCACCUAUGGCCUGGAGAGCAGCUGCAUUGCAGGCACGGGACCUGAUGAGCCAGAGAAACUUGAAGGGGCUGAAGAGGAAAAAAUGGAAACAGAUACUGAUGGUCAGCAGCCUGAAAAGGCAGAAAACAAAGGGGAAAAUGAAACAGACGAAGGUGAGAAAGCACAAGACGGAGAAAAUGAAAAAAAUAGUGAGAAGGAGCAGGACAGUGAAGUUAGUGAGGAUACCAAAUCAGAAGAAAAGGAAACUGAAGAGAACAAGGAACUCACUGAUUCUUGUAAAGAAAGAGAAAGUGAUCUCGGGAAGAAGAAAGUAGAACACGAAAUUUCCGAAGGAAAUGUGGCCACGGCCGCAGCAGCUGCUCUCGCCUCAGCUGCAACCAAAGCCAAGCACCUGGCUGCCGUGGAAGAGAGAAAGAUCAAGUCUCUGGUGGCCCUGCUGGUUGAGACACAAAUGAAGAAACUGGAGAUCAAACUUCGACAUUUUGAGGAGCUGGAAACUAUCAUGGACAGAGAGAAGGAGGCUUUAGAACAACAGAGGCAGCAGUUGCUUACGGAACGCCAGAACUUCCACAUGGAACAGCUGAAAUAUGCCGAAUUGCGAGCCCGACAGCAAAUGGAACAGCAGCAGCAUGGGCAAAACCCGCAGCAGGCACACCAGCACUCCGGAGGACCUGGCCUGGCGCCACUUGGAGCAGCAGGGCACCCCGGCAUGAUGCCUCAUCAGCAGCCCCCUCCCUACCCCCUGAUGCACCACCAGAUGCCACCACCUCAUCCACCCCAGCCAGGUCAGAUACCAGGUCCAGGUUCCAUGAUCCCUGGGCAGCCCAUGCCAGGCCGCAUGAUUCCCACCGUUGCAGCCAACAUCCACCCCCCUGGGAGUGGCCCAGCCCCUCCUGGUAUGCCUCCAAUGCCAGGAAACAUCUUAGGACCCCGGGUUCCCCUCACGGCACCUAAUGGCAUGUAUGCCCCUCCACCGCAGCCGCCGCCGCCGCCUCCGCCACCCACAGAUGGAGCCCCUCCGCCUCCUGCUCCAGGCCCGCCAGCCUCGGCCGCCCCCUAGCCUGGAAGAUGCAGGCAGCGUCCACGCCCAGCGCGAGCAGCUGCAGGGGGGAUGACGAGACUGGUGUUCCUCGGCUUCCUUGGGUUUCUUUUAGGAUUUUUCUUCUCGCAGCCCCAAGCACGCAUCCCAUAUCUCCCCGUUCCUCUUGGCAGCCCUCUCCAUGCUCUGACACGGCCUGCGUUAGGUCCUUUGCCAGCACGCCAGGGGAAGCCUGUGGGGACCGUGUGUCCUGGUCAUCCUCAUGGUAGCCUGCAUCCCCCUGUCCUGCUGUGGGGGAUACUGACAGUUUUCCUGCAGGUCCUGUCAGCAUGAGAAGUUUAUGUCUGUUGUUCCAGUGCUCUCCCGCCGUGUUUGGCUUUGUCUGAUGCUUACGUGGCUAAUGCUUUAAUAAUCAUUAUGUUUUAUUUUUUUUUUCUUCUGUCAUUGUUGCUUUAAAUGAGAGCAUCCUAAGUUCAUAGGAACCAAAAAAAAAAAAAAAAAAUGGUGAUGGGCAGAGGGAAUAGCCAGAGGGGACAAACCUAAAGGCAUAAUAAGUGACCUUAUUUCUGCUAAUCUGAGCUAAGAUUGGUGCUGAUGGUGAAGUUUCGUGAGACUUUUGCCCCACAUUGAUGCACCAAAAUUCAAAGAGAUGGGGAUGGGGCGGGACCCUUCUGACUUUAUUCCUGGUGAGGACUGUGAGGACCUCCCCGCUGCGUGGCCCCUUUAGUACCUGGUAGGGGAGCACACAAGCAUUAGAGCAGACCCUCUCCUUCCCCGGGCCCACUGGUUUUGGCUUUCUAUGCAGAUGGUUUGUUGGAUUAGGGGUGGGAUUUGGGGAGGCGUUCCUUCAUUCCCUAGACUAGCCAGGAACAUUUGAGUCUAGGGCGAUGACUGCCCACUGAGUCUAGUCCACUAGUCACUGCUUUGUACUCCUUCUUUUUUCCCCUCUCUUUAAAAAAAACCUUUAAAAAGGAAAAAAAAAAAAAAGUAAGUAGAUAGUGCUAAACAUUUUAGCUCAUGGAACUUGGUUAGGAUGGCUGGGGGUUCAAGUCCCCAAACUACCUCUUGCAAUCCAGGGUGAGUGGGGUUUAGUGAAGCGGUACUUUAGGUUUGGGACGGAAUUGGAGAAGUGGGGCAGGAUCAAGGGCCUCUCGUCCCUUCUCCCUUCCCUUUCUGAGUUCUCACAUUCCAUCUGUCGCAGGGUUGUCAGGGAGAUGCUGGGGGUCCCAAGGCACUCAGUUGGCAAUCAGAGCGUCAUGCUUUGAGGGGUGGGGUGCUCAGACUGAGAGAUCGGAACGCCAUUCCAGAGCAGGAGCCACAGAAAUGCCUUAACUCGAGCCCAUUUCUACCCCUGCUGAUGAAUUACUUGAGAGUUCUUGGUUUUUUCUUCUUGUCCUUCUUCCCUCCCCUUUGUCCUUCCAUGGACGGGGGAAGGGUGUGUUUGGUGGAUCUUGAUUUCCAAAGCACCUGGCCUCUUCGUGUCACAUUCCCAAGUGGCAGUUUCAUUAUUUAGAAUGCAAAGUGGAGCACCUUUUGGAUAUCUUUUUCUAUAUAUUCUGUAAAGCUUUACAUACGAGAGGGUGUACAGAGGUGUUUGUAAAACAUCUCAGAACUUUUUUCCUUAGUAUCAGAACGCAAAAAAAUAAAUAAAACCACAAUUAAGAUUUGCCUUUCAAACCCUCAGGUGUUGCCUCUAACCAGGUGGCCCUGGUCACCAUCCGAGUACUGGAACCAAGGAGACCUUGUUCCUUUUGUGUGUUUGUUCUGGACUCUUGGAGUGGAAAUGAGCUUGUUCCUGCUGGAGUUUAGUUCCAAUGCAUUUGCCUCCAGAAAGAUCCCAGUGCCUUUUGACAAUGGCCAGGGUGUUCCCUACUUCCCGCCAGUCUUUCCCAAAGGAAACUCAUUCCAAAUACUUACCUUUUCCCCUGGGGUCUUAGAAGGAAAAUGGAAUUCUGGUUCAUACUGUGGUCCCUUGUAACCUCAGGUCUUUAAUGUGAUCACUUUCAAAUUUAAAAGAUCCAGGUGGAAAUAUUUUUACUAUGCUGGUAACAAUUCUACAGAGUACCUGAAUUCUUAACACUGUUAUGUUUCAAUAUAAGUGGUGACUUUUUCUUUCCAUGUCUUUGAUCUGGUUUCGUUCCUGUAAUACAGCCACCCAAUUUGCGGGGGGGUGGGGGGGAAUAAUACGUGGUUUUUGUACAAACGUGUUUCUCAGUGUGUUGUUAUUUUGGAAAAAUGAAGGGAGGGAGUUUUGGGAGAUUGGAGGAAAUUGAUCAAGAAGACCUAAUCUCCCUCUUUUUUAGUGAAUAAAUAGAACAUUUCUGGAUUCUA